UGAACUUAGACCAUUGCAGGAGGCUAUUUGGGGAUAAGUUGAACCCAGACUCCAUGCUGGUUUGAAUCGCGUUUAUAUCUUCCUCUUCUCAUCUGCGCAACUAUUCGCUUUGUGCCCUGUCUUUGUCUGUACCCUCCGACCAGUUGACAUCAGACGGUCGCAACCGAUCGCGUUCUUUGUCCGUCCCCCCUCCACCAUUUGUUUGUUGUCGCAGGAUUUCUGCCCCUCAAGACAUGGCAUCUUCUCCCUCCUCCAUAUCUCCAAGCCAGUCCUUAUCACAGGGACCAUCAUCAGAUAAGGAAAACCGCCCCAGAUCGACAGCUAUCGCCAAAAGAACCCAAACACAAAAGAUGGCACCCCGCUCUACCAAGCGAGCGCGACUGUCAGCCGGAGACUCUAACAUUCAGAGUAGCCAGCGUCCAGCAGCGUCUCAGUCAGUCCGGAACAAUGCCAGUCAAUUUUACGAUCCAGAUCAGGACGAGGGAGAAAGACGCCAGAUUCGCAAGGGUCUCAGAGAUCUGACUCGGGACCUCAAUGAUUCGAGAAGUGAAUUCUUACAAGCGGGAAACCACGGACUUCGAGAUACCAUAAAGAAAGCGAACGAGAUAUUUGAAAACGUCAAGCAAACCUCCGAUGCUACUAUUGAUUCUCGGUUGCUUGUUCAGGCAGCAGAUCUGUCGUACAAGAAGACCGCACAGUUGGUAUUGGGGGAUGCUAGCGCAGGAAUAGACGUUGAUGAAUUCGUCUCGAAAUGCAUUUCUUUCAUGCGCCGGGCCCCAACCGAGUCUCAAGCCUCAAUUCCUAGCAGCACACAACGUCGGCGCACGGGUAUUGGAAGGAGUCAGGUGGACCCCAACGACAGUGAUGAGGAUCAAGGGGACGCAAUGAACUGGGACUGGCUCGGGCGCGCUGCUUGCUUUUGUAGUAAUUCCCGACCGUCGGUACCUGGCUUCCUUCUGGGACCCCUGUCGGUACAGAAACGCAUCCGGCAGCAACCUACACGAAGAGCACGAGAACGCAUUGACCCAACACGGGCCGUUGCACCGCAAACGCUUGAAGAAAAGGACCUUGACAGGCAGGAAACUUCGAAUCUGACUACCAUGUGUGCCGAGAUAAACCGGCUCUUGGUGAGAACGCAAAACCAGGGACAGGAUGCUGUAGAGAGGCAAUUAUCGCAAUUAUCCGAGCCUCCAACCGACGACUUGGUGCAGGAGGUGAUGGCUAAGCACAAUGUUGCCGAUGAUGGAGGCAUACCCCUGUUUCAAUUCUGCCUUAACCCGAAGUCAUUUGGACAGAGCGUUGAGAACCUAUUCUACGUUAGCUUCUUGGUCAGAGACGGUAUGGUUGGGGUCUCGGUGGACAGCCGUGGGCUACCCACUUUGCAUGCCUCGAAGCCUCAUGCGCCCAGCGAAGCCCAGAAAAAGGGGGUCCAGAAGAACCAGGCCAUUUGCGCCCUCGACUUUGACGUGUGGCAGGAAUUGAUUGAAGCAUAUGAUAUCAAGGACCCCAUCAUUCCUCAUCGCCAAGAGGAGUCCCAGAAUACGGCCCAAUCCUGGCAAGGCUGAUAAGGAUGGCCCAGAUGGGGUCAACAGGAGUGAUGCGUCUUUUUAGUGCCGGAGUGAUUGGUUCUUGUGCCAGUGGAUAGCGUGAUACCCAUUUGUUGUGGAAGGCGUUGGUGUGCAUUCUGCUUAUAUAACUGGUGUAUGGGUGUUUUGGAUGAAUUAUAAACAAGGCGCGAUCCACAUAUAUAGAAUGGUAGAGCCUACCACAAGUGUAGCCAUUCCUGGUGUGCAGAGGGGUGGUGGGCAACCAGUUGCAUUGGCCAAGCUGUAAUUGGCUCCAGAGCAGCCAGUCAACCAACUCUAUCCUAAAUCGCAUCCCCCACUUGCUGACAGGACCCUGAC